GUCAGAAGCGGAAGCGGCCGUGCCGCGUGGGGUUGGCUGCGGCCGCCGCUCCCGGACGUCCAUCGGUCCGUGCGCCGAUCGAGAUCGCGGCCAUGGCCGUCCGCGCCAGCUUCGAGAACAACAACGAGCUGGGCUGCUUCGCCAAGCUCACCAAUGCCUACUGCCUGGUGGCUAUCGGCGGCUCCGAGAACUUCUACAGCGUCUUCGAGGGAGAGCUCUUCGAGACCAUCCCGGUGGUGCACGCCUCCAUCGCCGGCUGCCGCAUCAUCGGCAGGAUGUGUGUGGGGAACAGGCACGGGCUCUUGGUGCCAAGCAGCACAACAGACCAGGAGCUGCAGCACAUCCGCAACAGCCUCCCCGAUUCCGUGCGAAUUCAGCGAGUGGAGGAGCGGCUCUCGGCGCUGGGCAACGUCACCACCUGCAAUGACUACGUAGCUCUUGUUCAUCCGGACCUGGACAGGGAAACUGAAGAGAUCUUGGCAGAUGUACUGAAGGUUGAAGUUUUCAGACAAACAGUAGCAGAUCAGGUGCUGGUAGGAAGUUACUGUAUAUUUAGUAACCAAGGAGGAAUUGUGCACCCCAAAACUUCCAUUGAGGAUCAGGACGAACUGUCUUCAUUGCUGCAGGUCCCACUUGUGGCUGGAACGGUAAACCGUGGCAGUGAGGUCAUUGGAGCAGGAAUGGUUGUAAAUGACUGGUGUGCCUUCUGUGGGCUGGACACAACCAGCACUGAGCUCUCGGUCAUUGAGAGCAUCUUCAAGCUGAAUGAAGCUCAGCCAAGUACUAUUGCUACCAACAUGAGAGAUUCCUUGAUAGACAGCUUGGCGUGAGCAGUGUUGGUUCGUGCCAUUCCAGAAGCUCCUAAGGAGUGAAGAGUCAAGCUGCAGUUUGGAUUACAGGCCUCUAGACCUUUGUUUCUGCAGGACUGGCACCAGGAAGAGGCUCCCAAAACACCACCUUUUUUGUAAUGUUUUGUAAACUAAAUAUUAUUGCAAAAAAAUGGCAAAUAACUGACUUGAGUUCCAAAUAUGGAAUGUUCUCCA